CAGCUUUGAGCAUCAUUCUCAGCACUAGCUUUACCUAGCAACUCUCAAGUUGCACUGCCAUCCUUCCGAGUCCCGUUGAGUAUCAUGGUUGCCUCGUUCAUUCCCUUUCGAGCCUUUGCUAUUUCUGCUCUGCUUGUCGGUGCUUUCUCGCCAGCCUGCCGCACGGCUCCCGUGCCAACUGCUCUCAAGACACGAGGAGUUGAAGAGAGAAACUGCAGGAUAUUAGGCUGUCUUUUCGCUGAAUCGCAUCCUAUCAAGUUGCUUUCUGAACGUGAAAAUGAGUCAUUGAACGCAGUGAACACUGCUGUACCAUUGGCUAUUAUUCCAGAAGACCUAGAAUUGGCAGCAAAGUCCAGCAGAAGUGUAGACACUGAUAGCCCACAUGAUUGAGCCUACCCUGUCACUGGACGUUGCACCUUCGGGCGAUGCGGUUAUUACACAGAGAUCGGUCACAAGU